AUGUCCUCGAGAAACAGACAGACAUCACAACUUGCAAUUCGAAUCACAAGUGCGGAGCCACACGUAACCAGCCAUCAUCAAAAAGAGUAUAUAGAUGUCGGUGUUGUCCCCAUUCCAGCCAUGGCUAUUCUCAGAGUUGCUCCCACGCGAGCACAGCGUGCCGUCAAUCUGCUCCGAGCUGUCAACUCGGGCACAUGUACUUGUCCCGCCCAUUCGAACCCGGGCCAUCCGCACCAUCAUCAUGGCCACAAUCCGUAUGCGGGACGCGUGCGAAGUCUCGCCACGCCCGUCGAUAUCUCGCGGCAGAAGGAAUAUGCAUUCGAAAUGGCUGCCUCCAAUAUUCGUUUUGGCCCGGGAGUCACCAAAGAAGUUGGCAUGGACUUCAGGAACAUGAACGCCAAGAAGGUCAUGGUGGUGACGGAUGCUACCGUGCUGAAACUGGACGCCAUGAAGCAAGUCAUUGAAGGUCUGGAGCGUGAAGGCGUUUUAUACGAAAUCUAUGACAAGGUCAAGGUGGAGCCCAAGGACUACUCUAUACGCGAAGCCAUUGAUUACUGCAAGCCGAUCCAGCCUGAUGCUUUCCUCGCUGUGGGCGGUGGAAGUGUCAUGGACACAGCGAAGCUGAUGAACCUGUACACCACCUUCCCAGAAGCCGACUUUCUCGACUUUGUCAACGCUCCGCUCGGCAAAGGACUGCCCAUCACCUCCAAGCUGAAGCCACUCGUCGCCGUCCCCACCACCGCAGGAACAGGCUCCGAGACCACCGGCACCGCCAUUUUCGACCUCGUCGCCAAAAAGUCCAAGACGGGUAUCGCACAUCGUAACCUGAAGCCAUCCCUCGGAAUAUGUGACCCCUACAACACCCGAACCAUGCCAUCAGCCGUGCAUGCCUCUUCUGGUCUCGAUGUGCUCUGCCACAGUCUCGAAUCCUGGACCGCAAUCCCCUAUCACGAACGCACCCCCCGACCGACCAACCCCAUCAACCGACCUGCCUACCAGGGUGCCAACCCCAUCAGCGACAUCUUCUCCCUCCAAGCCCUCCGAGACACCGUCAAGUACCUCCCUCGAGCCGUCAAGGACCCAGAUGACUUUGAAGCACAAUCCAAAAUGCUCCUCGCCGCGACUCUCGCAGGAGUCGGUUUCGGCAAUGCAGGCGUGCACUUGUGCCACGGCAUGUCGUAUCCCAUUUCCAGCCAGAAUCCCGGCUAUCAGCAUGCGGGAUAUCAAGUGCAAACGCCCAUUAUUCCGCACGGCGUGUCCGUAGCCGUGAGUGCACCGGCAGUGUUCAAGUUCACGGGAGCGUCGAAUCCCGAACGCCAUUUGGCCGCCGCCGAGUGCUUUGGCGUCGACAUUUCCAACGUCAAGAAGGAGAGUGCCGGCGAAGUCCUGUCCGAGGCCUUGGCCAAAUUCCUCGUGGGUUUGGGUGACCAACCUCGGGGUUUGAAACAAAUGGGCUUCAAGCGGGAGCACAUUGACACCCUCGUCGAAGGCACCAUCCCCCAGGCCCGUGUCUUGAUGCUGGCUCCCAACUUGGAAAUGGCCGACCAUUCGGCUGAACGCGAACAGCUGCGUGGCCUGUUCGAGGACGCCAUGGAGUACUAG